ACUUUCUGACUUAUUUGAUGCCUUCAUUGACUCUAGCUCAUGUAGGAUUAUUGUGAUGUAUUGUAUAGUGCUGUUCUGCUCAUCUCGGUCAUCCCAAUAAAUAUCUCUUUCAAAGUCAAGAAUGGUUAUUGGCUGUUGCACACUAAAUAAUAUUUCGGAAGAUGCCAAAACGCGAAGCGAUGCAAAUAAACAGAUUGAGAAAUUAAUUGAAAAGGAGAAAAAGAAUUUCAAGUCUACACAUAGACUGCUCCUUCUGGGUGCUGGAGAAUCUGGGAAGUCGACCAUUGUUAAACAAAUGAGGAUAUUGCACAUAGAUGGUUUUUCAGAACGAGAAAAAAAGGAAAAGAUUGAUGCGAUCCGAAAAAACCUCCGUGACGCUAUUUGUUCGAUAGCUGGCGCUAUGAGUUCUUUGAAACCACCAGUGAAGCUUGAACUCAAUGAAAACAAAAAGCUAAGGGAUUAUAUUCUGGAAACUGCAUCUAAACCUGACUUCGACUAUCCGCCGGAGUUUUUCACAUAUUGCGCCAAAUUAUGGAAGGAUGGAGGUAUACAGGAAACGUUCGAAAGAUCAAAUGAAUAUCAACUAAUCGACUGUGCAAAGUAUUUCCUUGAUAAGGCUUUAGAGGUCGGCGCUCCAAACUACAUCCCAUCUGAACAGGAUAUUCUGCGCUGUCGUGUACUAACUUCCGGAAUAUUUGAAACCAAGUUCAGCGUGGAUAAAGUUAAUUUCCAUAUGUUUGACGUCGGCGGGCAGAGGGAAGAGCGCCGAAAGUGGAUACAAUGCUUUAACGAUGUCACUGCCAUCAUUUUUGUCGCUGCCUGUUCGUCGUACAACAUGGUCUUACGAGAAGAUCCUAGCCAAAACCGUGUAAAGGAGUCUUUAGAACUUCUUGCUUCCAUAUGGAACAACAGAUGGUUGCGAAACAUAUCUGUGAUUCUCUUUCUUAACAAGCAAGAUUUACUUACGGAGAAGGUUUUAGCUGGCAAGUCCAAGAUUGAAGUUUAUUUCCCGCAUUAUGCUACUUACCAAGCUCCAGCUGAUAAGACAUUGUAUUACUUUCAUAAUUUGGGGACGUCAUAUUCUUUUAACUUGAAAGUAACAUCAAAUAACAAUGGUGGACGUCAUUAUUGUUAUCCUCACUUAACGUGUGCAGUUGAUACGGAAAAUAUCCGACGCGUAUUCAAUGAUUGUCGUGAUAUCAUUCAGCGAAUGCACCUGCGGCAGUAUGAAUUACUCUAGGAACACUUUUUGUAGGCCCCAAAUCUGAUUUUCGUUCUUCCAUAGUAUUUUUUGAGGGUAUACUGUGUUAAGCCCCCAACGCUUGUGAAUACCAUCUCAUAAUUAAUUAUGAUUAAUGUUAUCCAGUGCAUCGAAUCUAGUUGAAUAUUUUACUCCCUUUAUAAACCUACCUAUUUAUGCUAAAUUGCAUUUGAAGACCAAGCACUGCAAAACCAACCCACAGGUUUGAAGAUUUAGAUGUCUUUUUAAAAAUGUAAAACGGGAUGCAAACAAUAUCACGUUUUCAAAAUCAUAUUUGUAAUACACCAUCUCAGAUAUUCGUAUAUUUAUCUGAAUCUCUAACUUAUCGAUUAAAUUUUAAUUUUUCAAUCCUUUUAUUUUAAUAAUGUCACCAUUACUGCUUUAUUUCUUUUGGUAUUCUUAAGCUUUGAGAGCAUACUCUUCUGCCGAAUUCACUGUUGAUCAGAAUUUUUUAACUUCCUCUGUUUGGAUGUCCAUACGCUCGUUAUUUUUUCCACCUCUGUCUUAGUUUUAUCACCGUAAUAUGCGAUUGUAAUGUAUUUCGAUCGGUAAAUAUGCUCGUGUUUGCAAAUUUGUUAAGUUGACGUGCCAUUGUGUUUACUUCCCUUGGGUGCGUACACAGUAAUAUUUUAUAAUGAGUAGUAUCCAGUUUCACAUGUUUGAUUAAGAAAUACCGUAAGCAAGUUAUAUGCAAACAUAUGACUUGAUCAUAUAUUUCGAAUUGUAAACUUGUUUUGUUUUCAGUGAAUAACUCCUGUCUUUCUUCCUAGUUUCAAUUCUUAGCAGUGAAACACGCUACCAUGUAGUUUUGCUAUCCCGAAAUUUCCCCUCUCUCUGAUUUGCCUAAGUUCUGUGUUUUCUGAAUUUAUAUUACUUGUUUUCCGGUUUAUUUAACUUCAAUGAAUGCCUCAUGUUCUUGGGUUUUUAUUCUUAACUGUAGAACACACAACGCUGUUGUAUUCAAAAUCCCGUCUACUAAUGAACUUUGUGUUCACGUUGUGAUAGCUUUCUCUACUGAAAGUGGACGGGAUAUUGCUUCACUUUUUAUUCAGUUUGAGUGGUUAGAUAUUCCUCCCGCACUCCUGUUCUCUGUACAGCCACACUUUCAUGUACCUGGCUAGAUUUACUCAUAAUAUUGACUUCGUUUUUUAGCUUGUUGAUGAUUGUGCUUAGAUGUUUCAACUUGUUACGAAUAAUCUCACUUUCUGUAAGGAUUUGUACUUUUUUUCUAAUAUCUUCCACAGCUGAGUUUUUUCGUAGCUACAGCAUGAAACAGUCAGUGCAAAUUAAAAAUAAAUCUUUGAAGUGCUCCCUUUUGUGCUUCUUUGAUUUCUUUUGAUCUCAUUUAAAUUUGAAUCUUUGUUGUCUUUAAAUUUAAUCUAAUCGUAUGCAAAUCUUGCAAUUAAUUCGUUUUUAAUGGCCUCUUCCCUAUUUAUGGGGCCAUAAUUAUACAAAUUGGCUUACUU